AUGAGUUCCGACGACGGCGACAAUUCGGAAAUACUCCGCACCGAAGACGAAGACAAGGUUACCGACUUGGAGGAAACGGAAGAAUUUGCACAUCAGACCACCUUGCAAGUCCGAAGAGAAUCCUUCCGACCGAUCAAGGAUGAGGAUCCCACCACCAUGGAGAUUAGUCGAUUACCGCCCAAGUUACGGCCCUCUCUGUCCACUCGCAUUUCUUACAAAAUCAACAAGGCCGGCAAGGCCAUGCACAUUUUCAAGGAACGAAAAAAGAAACGGGUGGACGAAAGUCACAAACAUUUCUUGACGGCUCAUUGCAUUCGAGAUGGGAUUCGGUAUACUACCAAAAAUACCAAGGACUCGUCCGAUACUCAAACGGGAGAAGAUGGAUUUCGGGUCAUCAAGAGAACCAAAUUGCCCAUUACCACGGCCAUUUCAGAUGGGAUUGACGAUGACGAAUCCUCAUCGACCAAGUUUAGCAGUUCUUCGUCCUUUCUUGGGUUUGGAAACAAGAGCUUGGGUUCCAAGUCGUUUGAAUUUAAGGAAUAUGCGCCUCAAGUCUUUUUGAAAUUGAGAAAUCAUUGGGGGAUCAGUCAAGCGGAUUACAUACAGUCCUUGGCGUCCGAAGAAUUGUAUUUGGAUUUUCAAUCCAAUUCCAAAUCGGGACAAUUCUUUUUCUUUUCCGACGACAAGUUUUUCAUGAUCAAAACAUUGACGCAACAAGAAUGCACAUGGCUCCAAGAAUGUUUGGAAAAGUAUUACCGACACAAUAUGAAAUACGAAGCUACCCUGUUGGUCAAAUUUGUCGGCAUGUACCGCAUCAAAGUACCUCGCCGAAAGUCCAAGAGGGGAUUUCGCAAGACGCACUUUGUCGUCAUGCGAUCCACCUUUGAUACAGUAUUGCCAAUGCACAAAAAGUUUGAUCUCAAGGGAUCUCUUGUCGGUCGGGAAGCGAGUGAAUCCGAUAAGAAAAAACUCUUUCCUGUCCUAAAAGACAAGGAUCUACAAAAUUCUGGAUUGAAAUUGCAAUUGGGAGAAGAAUACACGAGUAAAAUGAUGAAACAACUGGAAGUGGACUGCGACUUGUUGACUAGCCUCAAUAUGAUGGAUUAUUCAUUACUGGUGGGGAUCUUUGACAAAUCAAGAGUCGAUCCAACCUAUGGGAUUGAUGAUCAUACACUGCGAGAAAUUCUGGCACAAGACAAUUGUCUCCACUUUACGGACCGGUUGGACGAACAUGGGCUCAUUUAUUUCAUGGGUAUCAUUGACUUUUUGCAGCAUUAUAACGCCAACAAGAAGUUUGAAACGGUGGCCAAGAGUUUUGUCAACAAUUCCAGGGAAAUUUCUUCCGUCAAGCCCAAAUUUUAUGCCAAACGCCUGGUGACCUUUAUUGCCAAGUUUGUAGAGUAG